AUGCUUCAUGAUCGGCAGCAGCACGUCGACAAGGUGCCAGACCCGCGAAAUGUCGUGCUAGACAUGCAGACGGCGGAAGAAGAAAUGCGACCGGCGACGGCCCGUCUGUACGCUGAGAGAAACUGCCUCAAGGCUACUGUUGGUAUUGACGAGGAGUCUACGACCGUGUCAAGGAUUACUGGAGCACAUCCCAGCCGGCCGGAGCCGGCAGUCGAGGCUAUUCUGGACGCGCUGACCCUCGAGGACAUGAAGAUGGACUUUACCACCCUCUACCUCGAUCACCACAGCCGCGCCCUCUUCCACACCGCCAUGAGCCUGUCCACCUACUUCCUCGCCCACAACGUCUGGGAUGUCCUGGCCGGCCGCAUGGACGCCGCUGUGCAUGCAGUCCAGGCCGACAUCACCGCUCUGGCUGUUAGUGCGGCCACACCACCGGCAGACCCGGUUAUCCGCGAAAGAUGCAUGGCUCUGGAGAGUCAGGAGCAAGCCUUCUGCGAUCUCUUCGAAGCUGCGGGCUCCCUUCAGGCCUUUGGAGGGCCGGGGAUAACGCUGCGUAUCAUGCAGAAUGUGCGGAAGAUUCGUAAAACCUGA